AUGGCCACAGAUGGGGAAGAUGAGGGCUGCGAGACCCCAGUAGAGGAGAUAGGUGGCCAUCGACAUGACCUGCCACCUGACAGUCGGCCAACCUUGUCGAGACGAACCCCCAUCCGUGCGGACAUUUCCUUUUCGAGGUUUACCCAAAGGAAUCCUUACUUCCGAACGACAUGUUCUACCAUCGUGGAUCCACGGCAUAAUCCAGAAUCAGACUUUGGCCGCAUUCACAUUCACAUUGUAUUGGAUAUGGCUGGAAUAGAAGACCUCGGAUGGGCCGAACCAACCCCAAUCCAAGAAAAGAUAAUUUCAUUUUGUGGUGAAGGAAGGGACAUUGUGGCUCGAGCCUGCACUGGCUCAGGAAAGACAGGCGCAUUCCUCCUCCCCAUCAUCCAAUCGACCCUCUCCACAGUUUGCCACCCAAAUCGCGCCAAAGAAACAUCUCACCAAACACACAAAUUCCUCAAGAAAAUGUGCAAAUAUGCAGAAAAAGUGACCUCAGUCAACCUCUCCGACGACACAAGUGUGGAAUUUCAGGAAUAUGUCCACGUCUCCUAUUUAAGGUCGUUGCUGACGAACUACAAGCCGAAUAUAAUAAUUUCGACAUACAAGCCUCUACUCCACCAUUUGCACUCCCAAAAGAUCCAAAUCAACCCAUCCUUCAGGAUUUGGGCAAUCGACGAAGCCGAUCUUUGUCUGGCACUCCCACACAGGAGAAGGAAGAUCAUAGAAGUGAAGAACACGUAUUUCAGAGACCCCCACCAGGUUAUUCUGACCUCUGCCACGGUCGGGAGGAAGUCGUAUCGACACUUUCUACUCAAAAACGCCGUGAUUCUGAAUUUGAAUCGGUCACAUCUGCCACCCCCGUCCCAACUAUCGCAAUAUGUCCUGAGUUGUGGGAAUAAGGAGAAAUAGCAAGUUCUGGUGGCCCUCCCGAAACUGCGGAUAAUCAACGAGAGACAUUUUCUAGUAGAUGUUGGAGUGCUGUCACGUCCCGUAAUCUUACAUCCA